UUGUACGUCGACAAGAUGUCUGCGCCUGAGGAAGACACGUUUCCGAACGAAGAUGGAGACAUGGAAGAGAUGGAAGCGGGUGGCAGCGACGACGACGGAAUGGGAGAUGAGGGAAAGCCAGGGGAGGAUGAGGGCAAGGUGUACGUUCCCGGUGUAGAGCCACUACAACCGGGAGAAGAGCUUGAGAUGGACCGGUCGGCUUACCGCAUGUACCACGAGUGUCAGACAGGUGCUCCGUGCCUGAGCUUCGAUGUUUUGAGAGACGGGAAUGGAGACAGCAGAGAGCAGUAUCCGAUGUCCAUGUUGCUUUGUGCUGGCACACAGGCAGACGCUGCUCUUAGCAACAGACUUCUAGUUAUUCGCAUGCACAACCUUCAUGGCACAGAGGAGAAGGAGAAGGAAGGGGAUGAGAGCAGCGAUGGGGAGAGCGAAGAGGAGGAGGACGAGGACAAGAAGCCGCAGAUGGAGCUGGCCAUGAUGCCUCACUACGGAGGCAUCAACAGAGUCAGAGUGACCAGGCGUGGGGAGCAGGCGUUGGCCGCGGUCUGGUCCGAGAAGGCCCAGGUGGAGAUCUUUGAUCUUCGAUCUCAAGUGGAUGCCGUGCACAGUUCUGCUGCCAUGUCAGCCUUCAUUAAACAGCAGAAGGAGGCCACGCCCCUCUUCAGUUUCUCCGGUCACAUGACGGAAGGCUUUGCGAUUGAUUGGUCGCCCAAAGUGCCGGGUCGCCUUGUUAGUGGAGAUUGCAAGAAGAACAUCCAUGUCUGGGAGCCCAGAGAAGAAGGGACUUCCUGGCAGAUUGACCAGCGACCGUUCAGCUCCCACAGCAAGUCUGUGGAAGACCUCCAGUGGUCCCCUACUGAACCCACGGUUUUUGCUUCCUGCUCAGUGGACCAAUCUAUCCGUGUCUGGGACAUCCGUGCCCCGCCCAACUCCAUGCUCUCAGCCAAUGAGGCUCACUCCUCAGACGUCAACGUCAUCAGCUGGAACCGGAGCGAACCAUUCCUCCUGUCCGGGGGGGACGACGGGCUACUCAAAGUUUGGGACCUCAGGCAGUUCCAGUCUGGGCGCCCGGUGGCCAACUUCAAGCAGCACAUGGCACCGGUGACGUCCGUGGAGUGGAACCCUGUGGACUCGAGCGUGUUCGCCGCCUCCGGGGCGGACGACGUCGUCAGCCAGUGGGAUCUCUCCGUGGAGUCAUGUGACGUGGGAGCGAGGGCAGAGGGAGUGAAGGAUCUGCCCCCCCAGCUGCUGUUCCUGCACCAGGGACAGACUGAGAUCAAGGAGAUCCACUGGCACCCACAGUUACCUGGAGUGAUGAUCUCCACUGCCCUGUCCGGCUUCAAUGUGUUUAGGACGAUAUCUGUGUAGAAGUGUGUGUGUGUUUGGUGUUGACCUGUGUGUGUGUGUGUGUUAGUGUACUAACUACUACAAUCCCUUAAUUUCUUUUGACAUGCAUUUACUAUGUAAUGUGCAUGCGCAACAUUUAUCCUGCAAUUUGUAUUGUGCAGAUAUUGGAAUAGAAAACCCUCUUCUCA